AUGAGUCCCAGUCCCUCGUGGCUGCGUAUCUACGACUCGGCAGCCAACGACCUCUUUGGCUCAAAUCCCAAACUCGAAGUGCUCCUCGAAGAUGACAAGUGCCCGUUUGCCCACGAAGCCGGCGUCUUCCUGCCAGAGGAAAACUGCCUCUUCGUAACAAGCAACCAGUACCAGCACCCUUCUACAGGCAAAACCCACAUCCACGUCUCGCGCAUCCAGCUUCCCGCAGAUAGCACCAGCACCGCCGCAAAGUACGCCGAAGUCAGCGUCAAAAACGUGCACAUGGCCAACGGCGGCGUAAACUAUCAAGAUGGCAUUCUAUUCUGUUCGCAGGGCACUCUGGAUACGCCCGGCGGUAUCGCUUUCAUGCGCUGCUCGUCAAAACCUUUCUCGGCAACUACUACGUACGAGGCCAAACUGCUAAUCACCGACUUCCACGGCCGCCCUUUCAACUCCCCCAACGAUGUCGUCGUGCACUCGGACGGUGCCAUCUGGUUCACCGAUCCAAACUACGGGUUUGAGCAGAAGAUUCGGCCGAAGCCUAGGCUCCCGAAUCAGGUGUAUCGGUUUGAUCCUGCCACGGGGAGUAUAAGGGCGGUGGCGGAUGGGUUUAGCAGGCCGAAUGGGAUUUGUUUUAGUCCGGAUGAGAGGGUGGUGUAUGUGACGGAUACAGAUUGGAUUCAUGGGGAUGGGGAGACGGAUGAUGCGAGGGUGUCGCAUAUAUAUGCGUUUGAUGUGCAAACUUACUCUGGUCAGCCGUUCUUGACUAACCGACGGCUAUUUGCGAUGGCUGACACUGGCGUUCCUGAUGGCAUCAAGUGCGAUUUGGAUGGCAAUGUGUACAGUGGGUGUGGAGAUGGGCUGAAUAUCUGGUCUCCUGGUGGCGUUUUGCUGGCAAAAAUUCUGAUCGAUGGUGGAGUUGCCAACUUUUGUUUCGGUAAAGACGGUCAAGUCUUCUUGCUGAACGAAUACAAGCUGUGGAGACUGCAGCUGCACGAACGCUGCAAAGGCGCUUUGUUGAAACUUUGA